AGCCCCGCAGCAGCAUGGCGGCGCUGGCGCGGUGGGCGCGGGCCGCGCUGCGGCCGGGGGCGGAGCGGUGGUACCGGGCGCUGUGUGGGGCCGCCGCCGUCCCCCCGCUCCCGCCGCCUCCUUCCCCCUCACCUCCGCCUCCCUCCCCCUCACCUCCGCCCCCCAACUCCUCCGCCGGGGGCCGGGCGCUGGCGGCGGCGCUGGGUGCCGGGACGGCGGCGCUGCUGCUGCUGUGGGCCCGGCAGGGCGAGGGGCACCGGUCCGCUCUGCCCGCGCUGCGCGCCGCCGUGCCCGCGCCUCCGCCCGCCUCGCCCCGCGCCGCCUUCAACUUCAUCGCUGACGUGGUGGAGAAGACGGCGCCCGCGCUGGUCUAUGUGGAGAUCAUGGGCAGGCAUCCCUUUUCGGGCCGCGAGGUGCCCAUCUCCAAUGGCUCUGGCUUCCUGGUGUCUCCGGACGGGCUCAUUGUGACCAACGCUCACGUGGUGGCGAACCGGCGGCGCGUGCGGGUGAAGCUGGCCAGCGGGGAGCAGUACGAUGCCGUGGUGCAGGACGUUGACCAGGUCGCAGACAUCGCUACCAUCAAGAUCAAACCGAAGCACCCGCUGCCCACGCUGCCCCUUGGGCGUUCCUCUGAGGUGCGGCAGGGAGAGUUCGUGGUGGCCAUGGGCAGCCCCUUCGCCCUGCAGAACACCAUCACCUCUGGCAUUGUCAGCUCUGCGCAGCGGGGCAGCCGGGAGCUGGGGCUUGCCGCCUCUGACAUGGAAUACAUCCAGACCGACGCUGCCAUCGAUUUUGGGAACUCCGGGGGCCCCCUCGUCAACUUGGACGGUGAAGUGAUUGGGGUGAACACCAUGAAGGUGACAUCAGGCAUCUCCUUUGCCAUCCCCUCUGACCGGCUGCGGAAGUUCCUGCAAAAGGAGGAGCGCAAAAGCUCUUGGUUUGGCAGCACAGAGACAAAGCGCCGCUACAUUGGGGUGAUGAUGCUGACUCUUACACCCAGCAUCCUGGCUGAGCUGAAGCUGCGGGACCCCAGCUUCCCCGACGUCUCCUAUGGAGUGCUAAUCCACAAGGUGAUCAUCGGCUCUCCAGCCCAUCAGGCCGGGGUGAAGGCGGGUGACGUGGUGCUGGAGAUCAACGGGCAGGCGUCACGCCGCGCCGAGGACGUGUAUGAGGCGGUGCGGACACAGCAGAGCCUGACCCUGCUGCUGCGGCGCGGCCACGACACGCUGCUGCUGAGCGUCAUCCCCGAGGCCACCGAGUAGCGGAGCUGCUGUGUGGGGCAGGACGUGCAGGACUGAGCCGUGUCCACGAGCUGCGCACGGACACGCUGAGACCCUUGUGGGGACUGGAGGGCGCCCGGCCCGGUGCUGGGGUGGACUCAUGGAGCAGCCCCUUCCCUUUGUACUCAAAUAAAGCACUUUUAUAGGGACCCCCCAGUGCUGUGGGGUCUCCUGCCCACA